UGCACCAUCACAUUGUCUGAAAAUCCCUCUACAAAGACCAGGACAGACCUGGCAAAGGUGUGUUUAACACAGACCAUCCUUUUCAACAGACGCAGAGAAUGAAAGGUUUCAAGCAUGCCUCUCUCUGCUUUUUUGUCAAGGGACACAUCUGAUCACCAUGAGGAUUUGGACUGGGCACUGUUGGAGGUAGAGAAAAAGCUCUGCAGACAUUUCUCCAGAAUUGUCACAAGAGGAAAGCGAGGCAGACCAGUGCCAAUUCUUUUGACCCCGAAAAUGCUCCAUGCUUUAGAACUCCUUUUUCAGCAAAGAGAGGCCUGCGGAGUUCUUCAAGACAAUAUUUAUGUUUGCAAGACCUGCAGCAAUGUCGCAUCUUCGUGGCUCAGACUGCAUCCGUUGCUUUGCCAAGGCAUGUGGUGCAAAGUGUCUGAAGGCCUUGUCGUCAACUAAACUGCGAAAACAUGCAGCAACACUGUCAACAGUGCUAAACAUGUCUGACACGGGCAUGGAUCAACUGGCCAACUUUCUUGGUCACGAUAUCAGGAUCCACCACGAGUUCUAUAGACUACCAGACAAGACACUGCAGCUGGCAAAGAUCAGUAAAGUUCUACUGGCUCUUGAGAGUGGGAGAUUGGCUGAGUUCCAUGGAAAGAACCUAGAUCAAAUCACAAUAGAUCCAAAUGAAAGUGUGCGUUCUGAUGAUGAAGAUGGAUGCAGACACGAUCAUUUAUUUGCUGUUGAUGAACCAUCAGCAGAGGAAACUGCUGCAGAUGCUGUGGGGACUGAAAGCUCAACAGACAAGCAACACAAAGGGCCAUUAGCAGAGCAUGGAGCAUCUUCUGGAGUCAGUCCUGUGGCACAUUCUUACAAAGAUGUGGGGAUUAAAAAGUCCUCGACAAACAAGCAACAGAAAUGGCCAUUAGCAGAGCAUGGAGCAUCUUCUAGAGUCAGUCCUGUGGCACAAUCCUCCAAAGGUAGAGCUGCACAGAAAAGAACACCCUGGCAGGCUGCGGAGGUUAGGGCAGUAGAGAGGCAAAUGAGUCAGUUCAUCCGGUCUUGUACUGUACCAUCGAAGAGAGACUGUGAGAAAUGUUUGAGAGCUGAACCUGAAGCUCUCUGUAACAGAACCUGGCAAAACUUGAAUUUUUUUGUCCACAACUGGAUUGUAGCCUUAAAAAAGAAAAUGGAAGCUAAAUAGUAUGGCAAAUACAAAGAAAAUGGUUGAAGUACAGU